CACCAGAGAUCCAGACUUCGACCCCCAUGUGUUCCGGAAACUUAAAGGCCUUAGCCGGCAACCCAACCGCUCAUUGGUGCCCUCUCUUGGUCGCCUCUUGAAUUCAGACCGCGUGUUGCAAUAGGACGUCCGUUCCAUCCCGCAUCGACCUCCCGCAAAACUGAUCUCAACCAAGGUCUUGACUUUACCAAAGGUUUCUAGACGCUCGCCUCUACACUCAUCGAUCCAUUCAACAAGCCAUUGAUAGUCAUCUAUAGAGAGCAUCGUGACGGCAGUGUUCCUACUUUCGGCAGAUAAAUGAGCCAUACAGAUGCUCACACGAACCCUCUUCUGUAUCUGGAAGGGGUGACAAUGCUCGACGGCUACACCCCAGACCUGACUAUUGGAGACGAUCUCGCUGUAUACGGCGCGGCCGUUCCGUCCUACCCUCGAUGGGAGGUCUCGGUGUCUAUGAACCCGCCAGCCUUCCUGGGCGCUUUCCAGAAUGAAGCCGACAUCACUACCUUAUCCAGGCAAGACUACCUUUCCCAAGACCAAUUCUCAUUCUACGGAGAAUCUAGUUCGAGAGACCGUUGGGUCGAUACAUACUCCACCGUCAAGAACCAGACUCUAUCACCCGAACGCCUAGUAGCGGUCGCUGACGAACCACCCUCAACCUUGACUCCUUCGCUGCAGUUGUCGCAAGAGUCACUCAAAAAGCCCGGCCGAAAGAGGAAGUCGCAGCUCAGCGAUCUAGCAGCUCCAAUAUCCGCUAGACGCAAUGCCAGAGGAGACAAUAAUACGGAUGAUCAGAGGAGGAAAGGGAUUCUUAUUCACGGAAAUGGGAUUAGCGUCAGCAGCGGCAUGACUAAUCGCAAACAACAUACAAAACAUAAGCGAGUGCAAGAGAGAAACCGCAUCGCUGCCGACAAAUGUCGCAUGAGAAAGAAGGAGGAACUUGCGAGACUCCAAUUCGAUGAACAGGCUACAGAGCAACGCCAUAAAGAGCUGUCUAGCUGCAUGAACGACCUGAAUGAAGAGAUUUUAUAUCUCAAGAUGCAACUUUUACAACACACGAGUUGCAACUGCACCUUAAUACAGCAUUACAUUAAAAACGAGGCACAGCACUAUAUUCAAGCCAUGGAGUUAGGAUCGCAAUAGUACGGAGACGGUUACCCCCAGGCAGAGGAUCUCCACCUACAUCUGUCUCUAGUAUACCGUAUUGAGUUUAUAUAAAAGGCGAUUUAAUUAAAGGUCCCAGCUAAGUGCUUAAAUUUUCCUUAAUGUUACCAGUUGGAACAAUAAAACAUCAACUUACGCUAUUGGGCUAAGGAGUUUGGCGGGCCGGUGUCGCGGGAUACGCUGCCAAGACUGGAUUCUAUCCCUGACUAGGGCCC